AUGCUCGACCAAUUCGACGUUGCAGUCAUUGGAGCUGGGAUGGCAGGCAUUAUCGCCGCCCGCGAUCUCAGCAAUAAAGGUUUCUCGGUUGUCCUCAUUGAAGCCCGCGAUCGGCUCGGUGGACGAACUUACACGGAGCAAGCCUUGGGUAGCCACAUUGACCUAGGCGGCGGAUACGUUCACUGGACCCAGGCCAAUGUGUGGCGCGAGCUGCACCGAUAUGGCAUUUCGAUAUUUCCCCCUCCUACCGCGAACAAGGUUUACUGGCUCGCUCAAGACAAAGUGCAUUCGGGUACUGAGGCCGAUUAUUUUUCACUUGUUGACCCGUUAAUAGCACGGCUAGUCGCCGACGCUCGCGCUCGGUUUCCCAUGCCCUUUGACAUCUCCAUUGUGGACAACAGUGAUAUUGAGAAGCAGUCGCUGGAGGACCGAAUUUCGUCGCUGAAUCUUUCUCCUUAUGAGCGUGAUGUGCUAGAUGGUGUCCUAUCUGGGAUUGUUCAUUCAUAUGAAGAGCAGGGAGUCGCUCAGCUCCUUUUGUGUGUGGCUGCAUACUUUGGCGACUAUAAGGCGUUCUUUGAAACAGCAAGUUUCUGGAGCAUUGAAGGCGGUACUAGAGCCCUGGUUAAUGCCAUCAUGGGCGAGACAAAGGCUGAGCUACACUUGUCUAGUCCAGUCCGCUCCAUCUUCGAUGACGGCACCAGAGUGAAAGUUACAACACGUGCUGGCCUGGAAGUAUACGCUCGGCGAGCUAUUGUUGCCCUCCCACUCAAUACACUCCAAGACCUUCAGUUCACACCAGAUGUGUCUCCACGAGCGCGUGCCUUCAUUGACCAAAAAAACCCCGUGAUGGGUGGCAAGCUCUGGGUUAGGGUCAAGGGCCAUAUUGAACCGUUCACGGGUUUUGCUCCUGUGGGUAAACAUCCCAUCAAUGCAGUUCGAACUGAACAGUAUCAUAAUGGUGACACCUUGAUCAUGUGUAUUCUCUCGGACGCGGCUGCCAUUCAAGGGGAUGAUAAACAUGCAGUGCAGGAAGCAUUGCGGCUGUUUGUGCCUGAUAUAGAGGUUGUAGAUACAGCCAGCCAUAACUGGGCAGUGGAUGAAUUCUCCAAGGGCGGUUGGAUGUUUCAUCGGCCAGGAAGUUUGACCGAGGCAGCACCGUUAAUGCGACAACCCCAUGGACUCGUACACUUUGCUGGUAGUGACAUCGCGGCUAUGGAUGUUGGUGCCAUUGAGGGCGCCUUGGAGACCGGUGUAGCUGCAGCUCGUGACGUGUAUGCUGCUUUGUCUACUUCUUAG